AUGCCGCCACCGGUGCAGCAAGAGUUUCUCGAAGAUGCCCUCGCAACGUGGGGGCGGCUGCGGCAGUGGACGGAACUCAACAAUUACAUCUGCGCGCUGCGCAGCCCCCCGUUUUACCGCCAGUCGCUCUCCGAGAGUGACCCGUACUCGCUGCGGCUUGCACGGCGCGUGGUGGAGGUGACCGACCGCCUCGCGGCGCGUGCAGAUGCGGCGGUGGAUGAUGACGUGACGCCGCGUGGCGAGCUUCUGGCGCUGGCGGCGGAUGUGGCUCUGUGCCUGUCCCCGCUGCCGGCACCUGCGCCAGCAACAGCUGCAGGCCACCGCAACUGGGAACCACGACUCGUCUCUGCAGAGGAACCGCCAUCUUCUUUCGCCACUUCUUCCCCCUCUCCUGGAACUGUGACUACUGCUACGGCUCAUUCCCGUGGCGAUUGGGCGGCGGCUGUUGCGCGCCGUGCCGUUCCCGGCACGGCGAUGAUGGAGGGGCUCCACGUACUGACGUGCCCCAGCGUGCAGCUGCGUAUCAACAUGGCCGUGGCGCGGCUGCGAGAGCGGGUGAAGGAGGAGCUUGUGGGUAGCAUCGAGUGGGAGGCGCUGCCACACACACCGAAGGAGCUGCGGGCACUGCGUGCCACCUCGCUGCUGCUCGACGAUUUCGAGGCGCUGUAUCAACGGCUGCUCGCAACGUUCCCGUGUGCGCGGGCUAUGGGUUCCGCACACGUCCCCGUCGCUCUCCUGCCGGUGAUACACGAGCAGUUCUACCAGAUGGCGGAGUGGGUUCUCGAAACGGAGCUCACCGCAACCUCAAAGCCGGGUUCCCACGUUAAGGCGUUCGAGCCGAACAACAUGCACGUGAUGAUGCUGCGCCCCGACCCCACAUCACCGUGGGGCGUGCGGUUCAACAGCAGCGGUAGAAUUACCGGAGUGAGUGCCAUGGUGCGCUCCGCUAGCGGCGCCGGUGAGCGGCUGCAUCAGUUGCUUCAGGAAACGAAGGGUGGCGUGGCGGUCGUCUCGUACAAUCUGAAGCCGGUGGACUUCACGAAGCUGGACGCGGCUCAGGCCGCUGAGACGUUCUGCACCUUGUCGCCGAGGCAGACAAGGCUCUACCUGAAGCUUAAGGUGGACUUGGACUUGAAGCCGUCGGUGGAGCAGCUAGCCUUUUUCACCGGGCGCCUGGAACCAAGCACGCAGCAGAAGGAGCUCCAUGAGCAGCAGCAGCAAAAGCAGCAAAAGCAGCGAAAACAAGAAGAAAAAAAACAGAAACAGAAGCCGCAGCAGUCAGAACCGGAGAGGCCUCAGUGUGCGACGUUGGUUCUGCACCGCGACGACUACAAUGUCUCGUGGGAAGUGGCGAUCACACGCGACCUGCGAGUCAUGAACGUCCCUACGAAUAUUCUCUCAAAGGAGGCGGAGAAUUUCUUCGCGGCGUACCCACGGCAAGUGCGCAUUGGCGGGAUUAAUGGUGUAGCGGUGGAAAGCGCGGUCCAGGUAGAGGCGUUGAGCUCAGUCGUCAACACCCUUGUACUGGAUCUGCACUGCAUCCCACCGCCACCACUCCCACAGGUGCCACUCCAAGAGGAAGAUCAAGCAAAGGAAAACACGACAAAGAACCUCAACAGCGUCAGUGGAGACCACACUACACAAAAGAAGCAGCAGCCGCAGCCGCAGCAACCAGUGGUGAAAGAGACGAUUUCUGCUUCCGAACAUGCAUCACACUUGCAAUCUGAACGGGAGAAGCAGCAACAGCAGAAGAGAGAGGCAACAUAUAAUAAGACCGCGAAGAUGCGGGAGGAAUCGGAAGAGGAGCAGCAGCUGACAAAGCAGAAACAACGACGGCAACAGCGGCACAGUUCCUCCAGUGUGCAGGAAGGCAAUGAAUCGUCCGCUCUGGAAAGUGAUGCCGCGCAGGAUCGUACGCCGUCAGCCUCUUCCCAUUCAAUAAUAAGGAAGGACCAAAGUGGAGCAGAAUUGCCCUAUGCCUUUAUGCGAAAGGCAAAAGCGGCAACAAAAACAACAACCAUGGAAGUUCCACUGAGUGAUGCCGACAUCGCUGCACUGAGGGAGAAACCGCUUGUGCCGAUGCACAUGAUGAAUGCGAAGGCGGAGGGCGCAGUACCGUGGCAAGCCGUAAUCCCUUCCCUUGACGGCGACACGGAAGAUGUGCGGGUAUCGUGUGCCGAGGAUGGUGAGGCUGCGCCUUGUUCCCCUUCGGAUGCUACUGCUGCUGCUUCUUCUGAGGCUGUUACGCCUUUAGUGUUGCCGAACGAUGUCACACUUGACCUUCUGACUCUGGAUGAGAUGGUGCUGCGGCGGCACUCGGCCGACAGGAAGUGGGGCCUCUCGCUGGAGACGGUGGGGCAUGAGCCGAACAAGACAAUACGCAUCGUCAGCCUGCCGCUGGUGGCCGACGUCCAACGGCAGCGGCUGCAGAAGCAGCACCCGUUCUACAGGCUGUUCCUUUCACACAAGGGGGAUUGGCGCAUUUUAAGUGUCAACGGCACUCCCGCCUCGCGGCUGCCGGAGGUCCUUGACGUCAUGAAGCACGCGUUGCUGAUGCAGAUCAAAUUUCAUAGACUGUGGUGA